AUGUCCGAGUACAGAUGGAAGGACCUGCUUGAUAUCAACUCCAAGAGUAAAGCAUAUUUAUCACCUUUGUCAUGCAUUGCACAUAUUGAUGUGAAUGCUUUUUUUGCUCAAGUUGAACAGAUAAGGUGUCACUAUAAUGUCGAGGAUCCCGUUGUAUGUGUCCAAUGGAAUUCUAUAAUUGCUGUAUCGUACGCUGCCAGGAAGUUUGGCAUUACCCGAAUGGACUCGGUGUUUGAUGCGUUGAAAAAGUGUAGCAAUCUAGUUCCCAUACACACUGCUGUUUUCCGCAAAGGCGAAGACUUUUGGCAAUACCAUGACGAUUGUGGAUCAUGGCACACUGAAGAGGAAAAGAGACUAACACCCGAAAAAUUCAAAGUUUCGCUGGAUCCCUAUAGAAGAGAAAGCCGAAAAGUCAUAAAGAUCUUUCAUGAGUGGUGUGAUAUGGUUGAAAAGGCAAGCGUUGAUGAAGUUUUCUUAGAUUUGGGGCGUAAUGUAUUUGCGACGUUACUUCUAGGCGACGAGGUCAAGGGAUUCGAGUCGAUACGCGAUCAGUUCAAAAAUGGGGAAUACGAAUUGGAUGAUUACCUACCAACGGUACCGAGAGACCUAGAUAUCCAAUUUGAUCCGGGAGACUACAAUCCCGAGAAUGAGUUCGUUUUCCAAGACUGGGACGACGUGCUGUUUUGUUUGGGGUCGAAAAUCACAGAUAAGAUUCGUCAGCAAAUAAUCGAUGUCCUGGGGUAUACCACUUCUUGUGGUAUCGCACGUACUAGGACCAUGGCCAAAUUGGGCUCCAACUUUAAAAAACCAAACGCGCAGACUGUCAUAAGAAACAGGAACAUUGGAUACUUUUUGGAUAACGGGAGCUUCGAACUAACAUCUUUUUGGAGCAUGGGGGGUAUCAUGGGUAAAGAGCUGUCAACAUUGUUAGAGCUUCCAAAGGAAAAGCCGCUUCGGUACAUUAGAGAGUCGUGGCCGAUGGCGAGCUCUGAUGUGAAAGCGUUUAUGAAAGAAAAAAUUGCAAUGCUGGCUGAUGACACCGAGAGAUCUUUCAAUCUCAGCGAUGAGCAGUGCCAACAGUUGAGUGAGAAGAUCUUCUUAUUAGCUCGUGGCGACUUUAAAAUGCCUAUGAAUCCUAGACCAAUGAUUCGUUCAAUGAUGUCAAAUAAGAACUUGCGAGGCGAGUCUUGUCGCCAUUACCAAGAUUGCUUGGCCUGGCUUGAGGUUUUCAGCGGUGAGCUGAUUGGGCGAAUAAAAGAACUCGAACAGGAAUACGAGAGGAUAUUUAUACCGAAGACUAUGACAAUUUCCACUAGAACACCAGGCUUUCAAAGGCAUAGCAGAAGCUCUGGCUUAGUUGUAGGCGGUCGUAUUAAAGCCAAAGACCUAAUGGAGCUAGGAACACGGCUUACUAAAGAGCUAGAUACUAAGUUUGGAAAUACCAAAGAUUACUAUCCAUUAACCAAUAUUAACAUGGUAAUUUCUAACUUUGAGAUUUUAGAAACAGGAAGAACAAUCGUGGACAUGUUUGGACGACAAACGCAAGUCAUUCGUAAGAGUGGAGACGAUUUUGUAAAGCCAAGCGACAAUCAUUCGAAUUCUGACGACUGUGAGAUAAAACGGACGCUGAGAUGCGAGCCUUGCGACAUGGAUUUUGAAACUGAACUCAGUUUCAAAGAGCAUACAGACUUUCACUACGCUAUGAGAUUAUCAGAAAGUUUGAAUGGGGCAACAGAAGACUCAAAAAAUCUUUCAUAUGGCGAGAGGAGGCUACUGUUCUCAAGUGCUAAGAGGCCUGCUAAGACUUCUCAGCAAGGACCUAGCAAGAAGUCUCAUUCGCAGAAGAAGUCCGAUAUUUAUAAAUACUUUAGCAAGUAA